AUGAACUGGAGCUGUUCGAUCGCCUCCAUCCUCUCUGCCUUUGGCCUUCUUGGCUUCAUUGGCGUGGGAUACCACUACCGACCGAGCUUCCUCAAUCAGCUUGUGAGCGGGGAAGCUGAGUGGCCAACGAAAGAGUGGCACGAGACAUGGCACAAGUCAAUGGGAGACCGCUGGAUGUGCAAACAGAAAUGUGCUGAAGACGAGGAGUGCAUGUCCAAAUGCCCAAAACCAUGGAUUCACAUGGAAAAGAUGUGCACGGAGGUCUUUGACACCGUCAUCAGAUGCCACCAGGGGUGCGGUGAUGACAUGAAUUGCCAUCGCACUUGCCCUCUGCCAAAGUGCCCCAAGAUGGCGGCAAAAGUGAAGGGCAUCAUCCAGUGCAACAUCGACUGCGGCUCUGACGAUGCAUGCCGAGAUGCGUGCAAUGCACCUGUGAGGUCAUUCAGGCAGAUGUGCGGAAGGUUAAGUACAUCGGGAAUUUGCCACAAGAAUUGCGGUCAAGACCGGGUCUGUCACAAGCAGUGUCCCAAGGUGUUCCCAGCGAAGAGGUUCGUGAAGCCCGACGUUGCUGUUGUGCAGCCUCCCGCACAGAUGCUGACCUCGACAUUCCGGUCGUGUCAAGCGAGCUGUGCAGGAGACGCCGACUGCAUCAAGAAAUGUCCGAAGCCCUUCUGGCUUGGCUUCAGGAAGACGUGCCAGGAAGUGACGCCCAUCAUGGAAUGCCACCGCAACUGUGGUCACGAUGAUGAAUGUCACGCGCAAUGCCCAUUCCCAAGCUGCCCUCGUAUGAAGGCGAUGGUCGAGACCACCAACAAGUGCCACGAACGUUGCGGCUCAGAUCGGGAGUGUCACUAUCACUGUCCCACGCCGCUGAUGGAUCUGCAGAUGAGAUGCAAGGCCUUUGAGGAAGCGCAGCACUGCCACGAAGCGUGCACAGAGACGGAGGGUGAGUGCCACCACCUGUGCCCAAAGGCAGGGCUUUGGAAGUUCUUCCACCAUGGACACGACCAUGGCUUCCACCACGGCUUCCACCAUGAGGAGGGUGUUCACCAUGACCAUCACCAUAGCUUCCACCACGGCUUCCACCAUGACGAGGGCAUUCACCACGAGCAUGACCAUGGCUUUCACGGCUUCCAUGCCUUCCACGGUCACCACGGAGACAGGCACUAUUUCCACCACGAGGGUGCGACCAAGCAGGAUCCGACGAAUCUCUUCUUGCGGGGAUCCCAGCUGCAGGAGCAGGUCAUCACCUGCACCCAGAAGUGCCAGAGCGACAUGGGAUGUUUGGAGAAGUGCACAGAGAGUUGGUGGGAGUUGAAGAGGAAGACGCAGUACGUUGGAAUGCUCUCAUCGGAUCCGCCACCGAUUACCUGUGACGGAAGAGACGCCGCGCUUCCAAAGGGUAGGGCAGGCGACCUCGACGACAGCCUUGAGGAGUUGAUGGCAAGCUUGCGGCCUCCUCCGAUCACUCGUCCAGCCAGUGAUGGAGGUGCUGCUACCGGCGGCGCACUGGCUGUGCUGCAGGCAGCGCUCUUACCCUGCUCGGAGCCUCCGUCCCGUGGCCAAAGUCCUGGCCCACGAAACCAGGACGGCAAGGCAGAUCGCCGCUUUCCGCCAAGAAAGCCGUCUGGACUUGGAAGCAUCUGCAGUCCGUCCAACGGCCGAGGCACUCCACAGCGGCGCGGCGAUCGCACGCCCAGCGUCUCGCGGAUACCGAGCAGCCCUGUGGCAUCUUCACCGUGUGAAAGCCGCGGAAGGCCCUCACCGACGGCAUCUCCACCCAGGCAAUCUGCGAGCGCAAUGCCUCUAAGGCAUUCUCCGAUUUUCCCCUCUGCCGAGAAGGCCAAGGCUCUCUGGCCAAGGCCGGCUCGGAGAACGGCCUUCGUCAGCUCUGCAUCCGACGCAAACAGCGAGUUCCGGCCAUACAUGGAGGAUGGCCAUCAGGUGGUUCAGCCUCUUCACAGGGCCGGUAGCACAGACAACGAGGAGCUCUGGGAUUUUUUCGGUGUCUACGAUGGCCACGGCGGCCGAGCCGAGGUGGAUCACGUGGAGGCACACCUCCACUGCACCGUGCGAAGCGAGCUGCUUGCGGCUGGCGACGCCCCGACCGCGUUGGUGACCGCGUUCAAGAAAAUGGAUAGCCAAUUGGCUAUGACGGGUGCCUGGAACAGCGGCUGCACGGCCACCGUGGCAUUAGUGAUCCAGCAGGGUCUUAGCCGUGUCGCGCACGUCGCCAAUGUUGGAGACUCCAGAGCAGUUCUGGUCUCGCCCACAGGCGACAGUCGGCGGGUCUCCAGAGACCAUCGUGCAAGCGAUCCUGACGAGGCCCGGCGUGUCUCCGAGGAGGGCGGCUUCGUUCGAUUCGGCCGAGUUGGUGGUGCCCUGAGCGUCUCCCGAUCGCUCGGGGACCACAACUUGAAGGGUGCCGGCGUGAGCUGCGUUCCAGACGUCUUCAGCUUCCCGGUUAACGACGGGGAAGCGUUGUUGGUUGCUUCUGAUGGCUUCUGGGAUGCGCUGAGCGAUGAUGAUGCUGGCGAGGCUCUGGUUGGCAUCGUCAAGGCAGCCGUGGCGAGCGGCCAGGCCGGACUUUGCACUUUGGCCGAUGCGUUUGGCGUUGGUGAGCUCGGGGUCGACGAGUUUGUUGGGCUUCGACCAAGGACCUCCUUUCUGUUCGGAUGGUUGUGGAAAGAUCCAAACUCGGACUUAGCUCCGGAGGCCCUCCUCCAACGCCUGCAUCCAAAGCUGCGUGAAGAGAUAGUCAAGAGGCCCCGCUUGAAGAAAUCUUUCGAAGAUGAUGUCAGAGCGGUCUUCAAAGCCUACAAGAAUCAAGCAUCGCUCGAGGAGUUUAGAGAAUUAGUGGACGGGAACAUUUCCGAGCUCAAUCACCGGAUCGAGGCAGAAGGGCCGCGACAUAUGCGUGCAUUGAUGAAGCACGCCAAAGAGUAUUCGCAGUACCAUGGCAUCGCCCAUCCUCUUCUCUUCGCCCAACGAGCUGCAUGCUGCAGCUGGGUGCUGCCAAUCCCAUUCCGAGAGCAUAGAGCAGGCUGCAGCGAAGCGGCCCCACUGAGAUACCGGAAUCGGGAUGGAUCGCGUUUCCUGUGA